CUGACCAACAAAUAUGCUGAAGGUUAUCCGGGCAAACGCUACUACGGCGGUUGCGAGUUUGUUGAUAUCGUUGAACAACUGGCGAUCGAUCGUGCGAAAGAACUGUUCGGCGCUGACUACGCUAACGUCCAGCCGCACUCCGGCUCCCAGGCUAACUUUGCGGUCUACACCGCGCUGCUGGAACCAGGUGAUACCGUUCUGGGUAUGAACCUGGCGCAUGGCGGUCACCUGACUCACGGUUCUCCGGUUAACUUCUCCGGUAAACUGUACAACAUCGUUCCUUACGGUAUCGAUGCUAC